AUGAGCUCCGUUCUGAAGGCGGACGUGAAGGAGUACAUUCCUUCAUGGGCUCACAGGCGGUCCUCUGGCGUGAACCCCGCCGCUACGUCGACAACCAAGAAUGGAUUUGCGACAUCCAUACCAACAAACAGCGUUAUUACGACGCAUAGUAGCUGCGCCGGGAUCAACGUUCCAAAUUACACUUCUUCCCCACGUGCGGCGGCUGGCCUGCCCUUGUGCAGCCCAACGACAGCGCUUCGUCUUCCAACUCGUAUGAGUCCCCAUGCACGCAC